GAAGGGGCUGGAAAUGAAAGUAAAGCGCUCCGGAGCCACAUGGACUGAGCUGCCGGGGCGGCGGCGCCGGGAGCAGGAUGCGGCCGCCCGUAAUUAAAUAGCAUUUACUCUUAUUAUUACUAAUAAUAAUAACGUAAUCAUACCUCUAGUCAUAGCAUACCAUUUAUCGGGCUCGGCGCAGGCCCGCGGGGAGCGCAGCCCGGCCGAGAGACUGAUGGAGAGGCAGAGACGGAAGGCGGACAUCGAGAAGGGGCUGCAGUUCAUUCAGUCGACACUACCCCUAAAGCAAGAAGAAUAUGAGGCCUUUCUGCUCAAGCUGGUGCAGAACCUGUUUGCUGAGGGCAAUGACCUGUUCCGGGAGAAGGACUACAAGCAGGCCUUGGUACAGUACAUGGAGGGGCUGAACGUGGCCGACUACGCUGCCUCCGACCAGGUGGCCCUACCCCAGGAGCUCCUGUGCAAGCUGCAUGUCAACAGGGCCGCCUGCUACUUCACCAUGGGCCUGUAUGAGAAGGCACUGGAGGACAGUGAGAAAGCGCUGGGCCUGGACGGCGAGAACAUCCGGGCGCUGUUCCGCAAGGCACGUGCCCUCAGCGAGCUGGGGCGUCACAAGGAGGCAUAUGAAUGCAGCAGCCGGUGCUCCCUCGCGCGGCCCCACGAUGAGAGCGUAACUCAGCUUGGUCAGGAGCUGGCUCAGAAGCUUGGGCUUCGAGUUCGGAAAGCGUAUAAGAGGCCCCAGGAAUUGGAAACAUUUUCUCUGCUCAGUAAUGGCACUGCAGCUGGCCUGGCGGAUCAGGGAACUUCCAAUGGAUUGGGGUCCAUAGAUGACAUCGAAACAGACUGCUACGUGGACCUGCGAGGCUCCCCGGCCCCCCUCCCCUCUACCCCCACAAUGCCCCUGUUCCCUCACGUUCUGGACCUGCUGGCCCCCCUGGACAGCAGCAGCAGGGCCCUCCCUGGCACUGAGAGCCUGGACGACUUCUCCGACGGGGAUGUCUUUGGUCCGGAGCUGGACACCCUCCUGGACUCACUGUCCCUGGUCCAGGGAGGCCUGCCUGGCAGCGGCGUGCCCAGCGAGUUGCCCCAGCUGAUACCCGUGUUUCCCGGUGGGACCCCACUGCUGCCACCUGUAGUGGGUGGCUCCAUUCCCGUCUCCAGCCCACUGCCCCCUGCCUCCUUUGGCCUCGUCAUGGACCCCUCCAAGAAGCUGGCCGCCUCUGUGCUGGAUGCCCUCGACCCCCCAGGCUCCGCACUGGACUCCCUCGACCUGCUGCCAUACUCGGAUACCCGGUUGGAUGCCCUCGACAGCUUUGGGUCGACCCGUGGCUCCCUGGACAAGCCCAACUCCUUUGUGGAGGAAACCAAGUCCCAGGACCAUCGUCCCCCAAGUGGUACUCAGAAACCAGCCCCCUCGCCAGAGCCCUCCAUGCCCAACACCGCCUUGCUCAUCAAGAACCCCUUGGCUGCCACCCACGAGUUCAAGCAGGCCUGCCAACUCUGUUACCCUAAAACAGGCCCGAGGGCGGGUGACUAUACCUACCGGGAGGGCCUCGAGCACAAGUGCAAGCGCGAUAUCCUGCUUGGCCGGCUCCGCAGCUCCGAGGACCAGACCUGGAAGCGGAUCAGGCCCCGGCCCACCAAGACCAGCUUUGUGGGCUCCUACUACCUGUGCAAAGACAUGAUUAACAAGCAGGACUGUAAGUACGGGGAUAACUGCACCUUCGCCUACCAUCAGGAGGAGAUCGACGUGUGGACAGAGGAGCGGAAGGGCACCCUCAACCGUGACCUGCUCUUUGACCCGCUGGGGGGCGUCAAGCGUGGCAGCCUCACCAUCGCCAAGCUCCUUAAGGAGCACCAGGGCAUCUUCACUUUCCUCUGUGAGAUCUGCUUUGACAGUAAGCCCCGGAUCAUCAGCAAAGGCACCAAGGACUCCCCGUCUGUCUGCUCCAACCUGGCUGCCAAGCACAGCUUCCACAACAACAAGUGCCUGGUGCACAUCGUCCGCUCCACCUCCCUCAAGUACUCCAAGAUCCGCCAGUUCCAGGAGCACUUCCAGUUCGACGUGUGCCGCCAUGAGGUGCGCUACGGCUGCCUGCGGGAGGACAGCUGCCACUUCGCCCACAGCUUCAUCGAGCUCAAAGUCUGGCUGCUGCAGCAGUACUCUGGCAUGACCCACGAAGACAUUGUCCAGGAAUCCAAGAAAUACUGGCAGCAGACAGAGGCCCAUGCAGGGAAGGCCAGCAGCAGCUUGGGUGCCCCUCGGACACACGGGCCCAGCACCUUCGACCUGCAGAUGAAGUUUGUGUGUGGCCAGUGCUGGAGGAAUGGGCAAGUGGUGGAGCCUGACAAAGACCUCAAGUACUGCAGUGCCAAGGCCCGGCACUGCUGGACCAAGGAGCGGCGGGUCCUUCUGGUGAUGUCAAAGGCCAAGAGGAAAUGGGUGUCGGUGAGGCCGCUGCCAUCCAUUCGCAACUUCCCACAGCAAUACGAUCUCUGCAUCCACGCGCAGAACGGCCGCAAGUGCCAGUACGUGGGAAACUGCUCCUUCGCACACAGCCCGGAGGAGAGGGACAUGUGGACAUUCAUGAAGGAGAACAAGAUCCUGGACAUGCAACAGACCUAUGACAUGUGGCUAAAGAAACACAACCCAGGGAAACCAGGGGAAGGGACCCCAAUCAGUUCUCGGGAAGGGGAGAAGCAGAUCCAGAUGCCCACAGACUACGCCGACAUCAUGAUGGGCUACCACUGCUGGCUCUGCGGCAAAAACAGCAACAGCAAGAAGCAGUGGCAGCAGCACAUCCAGUCUGAGAAGCACAAGGAGAAGGUCUUCACAUCCGACAGCGACGCCAGUGGCUGGGCCUACCGCUUCCCCAUGGGCGAGUUCCGGCUCUGCGACAGGCUCCAGAAGGGCAAGGCCUGCCCAGAUGGGGACAAGUGCCGCUGCGCUCACGGGCAGGAGGAGCUCACCGAGUGGCUGGACCGGCGUGAGGUGCUGAAGCAGAAGCUGGCCAAGGCCCGCAAGGAUAUGCUUCUGUGCCCGCGGGACGACGACUUUGGCAAAUACAACUUCCUGCUGCAAGAGGAUGGGAACACCGCCGGUGCCGCCCCAGAAGCCCCUGCUGCUGCCGCUGUCACUGGGGAAUAGGGCCAUUUGUGGGCCUCGGGUGAAGUCCUAGGGUCAGGGGGCGGGGGUGGGGACAGAGGUCCUGAUAGGAGGGCCAGGGCAGGCCAGGGCUGGGGGCGGGGGGCCGCCCUCGUCAGGCAGCCCCCGGCCCCCUGGGGCCCCGUCCGUCCUCCGUCCUCUCUGCCCCCACCACCUGUGUGCAUACCCAGGUGCGUGUGCUGUAGCCCUAAGCGGUCCCAGGGUCCUCGUCCUGCUGGAACACCCUGGGCAGACACCCCCAGCCCCCGCUCUCCUGGUUGGGGAGGGAGGGGCCUGGCUGACCCCUCCAGCUUCAGCCUACAGCUUUAACUUCUGUCUGCUCCUAAAGGGGGCCCAAAGCUCAGGGCUGGGGAGCCUGGGGUCCCCACUUGAAUCUGCAGCAGGAGGGUCCUUUUCCCUGCCCCACCCUCACCUCAUCCCCACCUCCCUGGGGGCAGAUCAGUACACAACAGAGGGCUGGCGGCCCCAAUUAGCUUUAAAAUGCAGCCCCAGGGUGGAGCUGGGAACACAAUACUGGUCGCUUGCCCUCUGGGGCCUCAGUUUCCCCUUUGGUUGGAAGAGUGGGAGGGGCUGGGCUAGAUGAUCUCUAGAGCCUCUCCAGUCCGGCCACCAGCCCAGCCCUCCUCCCUUGUGAGGCACCAAAUGUAGACUUUAGGUCCUAAGAGUCCUCAGAGAUGACUCAGCUCAAGCCCCCCCUAUUGCAGAUAGGAAGACUGAGGCCUGGAAGGGAGGGGUGAUCUGCUCAGGGUCUCCCGCCCACGGCACAAGGUAAAGCCAGAGGCAAACUAGUCAAAAGGCUCAGGGCCAGUUGUCUGCUGGAGCCUCCAGGCUCUUGGCAGGGAUAUGACAGUCUCUGAAUCAGUGUGCCACGGGGGGCUCCAGGCAGUGGAACUUGUUGGCUGAAGAAGGGAGGCUCAGGGGAUUGGUCAUGGCAGCACCCUGUAGAGGGACGGUCCCCUCCUGAGGAUGGUCGUAGCGAGUGUAGCAGCAAGUUGCUUCCCACGCCAACUCAGGGCGGUGGUAACAGGCAGGGCACCCAUGGGCUCAGCUCCUGCAUGAUGCACUGGGAAGAAGGGGAAGGGUGGGGGUCAGGGAACGUGGAGAGAAGGGAGAUGAAUGCCAUGGGCCACUCUAGGAUAUCUGAGCACCAUGGGUCACUUUAGGAUGGGACACAGCUCCUCUUUCUUGAGGACCCAACAUGGCCCUCAUCCCUUUCUCCCCAGACCCAGACAUACAGUCACGCCUGUCUGUCCCAGCCCUCCCUGAUUCCCGGCCCUGCCAGCUGCCUGGGACCUCAGCUGACCCCCAGCCCCUACCUCCAGCCACCAAGCCCUUUCCCAUGCCUCUCGUCUGACCUGUCUGCGUGCACCCCCUCCUCUCCAUCCCACCCACUGUGGGCAGACCCGGCCUCCCCUGGUUCCUGAGACAUUCCAGAACGCCCCACACUGUUGGCACAAGAAGUGGGGCCCCCCGGAAGGAACCGGGGACCACAGCUGGAGUCAGGGGUGGGGGGUGAGACAAAGAGAAUGGAAUCCCCCUCAUUUCUCCUCAAGCAAGGAUCGAUAGUGAGCAAUGAUGUGAUUAUGGGCACCCCAGACGCAGAGAACCUUGUUCCUCCUGCUGUCACUGCCCAGCCUUUCCCAGUAAUCGUGGCAUGCAUCCUUUCUUCUCCCUGCCCCCUUCCCCCAGCAGGCCAGCAGAUUCGUGCUGGUGGCGUGGCUGGAGGGGAGGAGAGACCACACCCGAGGUGGGGGCCGUGGCUGUGAAUGUCGAUGACACUUGUUUUCCCUGAUCCGUGGUGUUGCAGUCUGUCGUCACCAGCCUCGUUUUUAGUGUGUAUAUAUGUCGCCCCCGUGAUGCAUAUAUACACAGGUAUUAAAUAUAUCGCUCUAUAUAAUAUUAUAUAUGUGUGUGGUAUCCAAGGAAUCACUUCUAAUGAGGGCUAAAGAUAAAGAAUUUGGCCAGAAAAUGCAGCCAUCCUGGUGUGUAAUUAAGAGGGAUUUUUCAGAUUCGGGGACUUGGGGCCAUGGGUUGGAGGUGAUUUCUCAGCAAGGGCAGGAGUGGCCUCGCCUGGGCCCAGUUUCCAGACCACUCCAGCCUUGCCGGGAGAGAGCAGUGGUGCUCCAGGAAAGAAAAUGAUUGGCGUUUGUCUCCUGCCCAGAAGAAUAGGAUUAGUGUCCAGAUUUUUCUUCUUCAACAUGUUACCCAUCCAGGGGCCCCUGGGAUCUGGGGCUCCCUGGCCUGGCCAAAGCUGGAUCCCCCACAGGGUUGGGAAGAGGGCCAGAGGUGGGGGGCCUGGGGACAGGAGUACACUUUGAAGGAUGAGGGGGAUUAUUUCAGUCAUGACCCUGACUGGGAGGCUUGGAGAGUUGAAUCAGGGGCCCGUGCCUACUGCCAGCAGGCAGGGACAAUACUUUAAGCAUAGUGAUCGGGGGGCAGGCGCCCCCAAUGUGAGUAUCCCUUUGGAGUAGGGCGAAGGAGGGACGCUGCAUUUCUCAGCUGGGCAGUAAUCAAUUUAAUGGUCCUUUUAAAAUGUCUGUGUAUUAAAAAUUUAAGAAUACCACACUUUAAUAUUAAAUAUUCAUAAGGUCUAGUAUCUUGAUAAUAAUGUAGAUGUUUUAAUAACAAUUUUUGUCCUUCUUAAAAUAAAAUGAAAGAAACUUGA